UUCGACUCCCGGUAUCCGAACAUUUUUGGUUUCUUUUUCGCAUUUUCAUUUUCAUCCCUGACGCUGACAUAAUGGUCAUAUGCAACUGGAGAGCUCACCGCUGCCAUCGUCGAGUCGGACAUGGCACGCCUCAAAUCAGAAAAGGGCCAGAAACAAAAACAAAAGGCUUCCCAGGAAAGUCAGGAAAAGGUUGCAUCAAAGUCGAAGAAACCGCAAGCAAAAAAAGAUGUGUCCGAAUCAUCCAAGUCAAAAGCUGACUCUCUUCAGUUCGAUGCAUCACCGCGCUGGUACGACAACGUAUCCCCACUGCAGCCCACGACUUCAAAUGCUGCUACUCUGACACCCGAAAAACUCUCGUCCCUCCUGGAUCGCGCAACGUCGUCACAUACCAAUGUGGUCAACGCGUUUCAGUCGACCUCAACUGUCACCUCGUCCAGUUCCGACUACAGUUUCCUCCAGAAUAUAUUGCAGACCGGAACACUGUCAGAUCGCCUAAGUGCACUCACUCUACUCGUGCAGAGCAGUCCCUUGCACAAUACAAAGGCACUCGAAGCCCUAAAAAACCUGGCGGAACGGGGUAAGGGCAAAGGCGGAAGAGGUGAGAGUCUCAAGGCUUUGCGUUGCGUGGUGGAUUGGUGGGUUGGCAGCGGCGCACCCGAUCGCAAGUUAAAGUACUUUCGGGACCAGCCUUUGGCUCAUCCCGAUGUCAACGACCGGCAUCUUGUGAUAUGGUAUUUCGAGGAUUGGCUGAAGAAAUAUUUCUUCUCCGUUCUACAAAUCCUCGAGAUGCUCUCUGCGGAUCCUCUUUCAUACGUCCGAAUGCAGGCCCUCUCCUUGAUCUUCACUUUACUGAAGGAAAAACCUGAGCAGGAGCAAAACUUGCUCCGACUGCUCGUCAAUAAGCUUGGUGACUCCGAUAAAACGAUAUGCUCCCGCUCGUCGUAUUACAUCCUUCAACUCCUCCAAGUACACCCUUCGAUGAAAACAGUGGUUAUCCGUGAAAUGACGUCACUCGUCCUCCGACCGGGUACAUCGACAGCCGCAACAGCUCCCCCUCCAACACAAAAUACGUAUAUACGAUUCAACAAGGAUGGAUCGGACCCUAAGUCAAAGCCACAACCAAAAUCAAAAUCAAAAGUAGACCCUGCCGCUAAACAUCCGGUCAAUGAACACGUGCGCUACUACGCUAGCAUUACCCUCAACCAGAUCAUAUUCCGCCAGAAUGAAAAGGACGUGGCAAUGCAGGUCAUUGACGUGUAUUUCCGACUGUUCGAAGAUAUUCUUGGCGAGGGCAGGUCAGCAGAAGAAGAGGAUGACGACGCACGCUCGGAGGCGUCCCAGCCUCACAACAAAUCAAAGCAGAAGCGGAAAGGUAAAGAGGUUGUGGGUGAAGGUGGAUUUACCGAAGUGGAAGAUUCCCGCUCCAAGUUACUUUCAGCUAUCCUCACAGGAGUGAACCGUGCUCUUCCUUUUGCCAAGCUUGGUGCUACGGAUUCAAGCUUGGGAAAGCAUAUCGAUACCUUGUUCCUCAUCACACACAGGUCCACGUUCAACAUCUCCGUUCAAGCUCUCGUUCUUAUCCAACAAAUAUCCUCGACCCUCGUCAAUCAAUCCAAAGCGUCUCCAUCGAAUUCUGAGUCGAAGAGCAUAGCAGACCGGUAUUACCGCACUCUAUACGCUUCCUUGUAUGAUGGACGGCUCGCAACAUCGUCGAAACAAACAAUGUAUCUCAAUCUACUGUUCAAAUCGCUGAAGGCGGAUGGCAACGUGGAGCGCAUCAAGAGUUUUGUGCGCAGAUUUGUUCAGGUGCUGGUUAGUGGGGGUGUUGGUGGUAACGAAUUUAUCGUUGGCGGGUUAUACCUCCUUGGAGAGAUCUUUAGCACACUCCCCGGUCUUAGGAACCUGUUGUACGGCACGCAGAACACGCACGAAGGCGACAACUAUGAUCCUCGAAAACGCGACCCACAAUACGCCCAUCCGUCUGCUUCUCCGCUUUUUGAACUGCUACCCCUUACACACCACUACCACCCCACGAUCUCCCUGCAUGCCCGCCAACUUCUCGCAUCUCAGCCGAUCACGUCCACCGCAGAUCUCAAUCUCAACACGCUCUCCCAUUUCCUUGAUCGAUUCGUGUACAAGAAUCCGAAGAAGCCUAGACCUAAAGGCGCGAGUGCCAUGCAACCCGGUGCGAGCGCUGCUGACGGCGUGGGUGUCAAGAAGACGAAAGGGGAAGUGGUGGGAGACGACGUCUUGCCGAACGAGGAGAAAUUUUGGAAGAAGAGGGAGGAGGAUGUGAGGGUUGAUGAAGUGUUCUUCCAUCGGUUUUUCUCUCAGAAACACAGGGAGAGUAAUGUUAACGAAAAGAAAGGAGAGGAAGAAGGUGAUGAGAGUGACGAGAGCGAAGCAGAGUCUGAUGAGGAGCUUUCUCAGGGAGGAUCUGUGCCUGGUGGCAAUUCUGAUGCGGAGGAAGAGGGAGAGGAAAGUGAGCUUGACGAGAAAGCUGUAUGGAAGGCAAUGAAGGCGACUAUGCCAGCAAUGGAUGGCGACGACGAAUUACCUUCUGAGCUUGAUGACGACGACGACGACGAUCUCCAGUCCGAGCAGGACGAUGAAGAGGGCGAAGAUUACGCAUCUGAGGAGGACAAUGAAGAAGGCGAAGAUAGCUCAUCCGAGGAGGACGAAGAAGAGGACGAAGAUCACGUGUCCGAGGAGGACGAUGAAGAAGACGAAGAAGUCCCACUCGAGCCGGAUAAUGAAGAGAAUGAAGUAUCUGACACGGCUGAUGCUGACUUGCCCGACGAUGCGUUUUCUCUUGCCGAGGCCUCGGAUGACGACGACCUUCUGGCCAUUAAUGAUAUCCCUGGGUUGAUCGAAUACGAUGGGCCAGACGCGCCUGAAGAAGACCUUGAAAGAGAUGGUGACGAGCGGGCCGGAUUUGGAGGAGGUAGAGAUAAGCGAAAGCGAAAAGGGAAGGGCGAGGAUAAGGAGAGGAGGCGGAAGAAGCGGAAGACCUUGCCUACGUUUGCAAGUUAUGAAGAUUAUGCGAAGAUGAUUGAGGAUGGGCCGGAGGACAAUAUAUAAUCGUUAUUGCAGAUGCUAGAUUCCUCUGUGCAGACCUUACUCGUAGUAGAGCAAAGUCGAUUUCGACUUGAAGCCCACUACAUACUAGCAACGCUGUCGGAGUGCUCAGUGGUCGGGGGCACGGAAGCUUUU